UGCCAAGAGUCCCCAGCUCCCCAGACCAGACAGACAGUUGUGACUCUCUCGUUCAUUGGGAUUGUUGCUGAAUUAUUCUCCUUCUUCCAUCGCCGCCAAGUGAGCAGAAAAACACAAAGACCUGUGACCAACGAAUCUCCUCAAGUUCAAGUGUCUUCCCGCCGCAUGUUCCCCCCUCCCCCGCAGAAACCACUCGAUAUUUUCCAUCGUGUCUAUGAAGCUUAGAGGCUAUCAAUCGCAUCAUCAAAUGAGGAAAAUCUUCUAAGCUUAUAAUAUACUCAUAUAUACGUAUAGUGUUGUGCGACUGAAGACUCUUUUUUGUGAGAUUUUAGGAAUGUAAUUUAAUUUAUAAUCAUCGUGAGUGUAUAUCAAGUAAUUGACUUUUGCCUGAAGGUGUAUCACACGCGAGCGACCCACAGUAGCGUAUCAGAGAACGGCGUGAUUGUGCAGACUCCGCACAAACUGUUUCCAUGUGAAUUUUUUUCUCUCAUUUUUUUUUUAUCAUUUAUACUGUAAGUAACCCACAAAAAAGGCACCACCAAUUGGCAGUCUCCCCAGCAGCAGCAACAGCAAUUUGCCCCACAGUAUCUUCCUAAAUAGUGAGAGUGAUACAUUUUCGUUCUUCCACAUCGCAUUUUCAUGCGCAUUCCGCGACGUUCUGCUCUGUGAGUAGGUGAAUUUCUAAACAAGAGCCACAUAAUCAACACCACAAGCAUGGGAACUUCGGUGAAUUUGGCUAGACUUACAGUUCCAAAAUUGGUGCCCUUCUUCACAACUUUUGUGCUGUACUUUGUCCUUGCGACAUACGACACACGUUCACAGCUAUGGUCAACAAUUGUAAAAUGUGCCCCAAUCUACUCAUUGAUCCUCUUCAUCCUGCUUUACGGUGUACACAACACAAAUCCCUCCUACACCUACAAGAUCCUCUUGGGACUCUUCUUCAGCAGUAUUGGGGAUCUCUUGCUCAACAUUAAUCUCUUUGAGUAUGGCGUUGUGGCAUUUGCAGCAGCUCAAGUAGCUUUCAUUGCAGCAUUUGGCUUUCAACCACGACGAUGGGAUAUUGGUCUAGCCAUGAUCACGUGCUCUCUUGCAAUCCUCGCCUUUCUCUUUGGCUCCAUCAGCAGCACCAUUCUGCGACUUGGGCUCCCAAUCUAUUCACUUCUCCUCACAACAAUGGCAUGGCGAGCCGUAGCCCGGGCUUCCACGGACAAGAAGGAGCUCCCCAAAAUUCUCGGGGCAAUCGGGGGUGUUCUAUUUGUCAUAUCAGAUGGAUUUUUGGCAUUCAACAAAUUCUACACCAACAUUCCUUAUGCUGUGAUUCUAAUAAUGGUGCCAUACUAUUUGGCUGAAUGUGGAAUAGCUCUCAGUGUUGUUGAUUACAAAUAUUUACCCGUUCAGUGGAGCAGUGAGAAAAAGAAGGGAGAAUAAGCGAUUAUGGAUAAGAAAUUCUUCGUCUUCCAACACUUUUCUCCACCUAAUAAGGAUUUAACGUGACUUUUCUGAACAUAAAAGUUUCAGUGAUUUGUGAAUGCAAUCUCUCUCUUAAAAUGCAACAAUAAAGUGUCAUCUAAUUGAGA